AUGGAAAGAGGAGGUGAAUUUGGACCUCUAUAUUUUGAGCUUAAUACUGGAACGAAGAUGCCAUCGGUUGGCCUUGGAACAUGGAAAGCGCCUCCUGGUCUUGUGGGUGAUGCUGUCAUUGCUGCUGUCAAGGCUGGUUAUAGACACAUAGAUUGUGCCAAGGUCUAUGAAAAUGAAAAAGAGAUAGGAGAGGCACUGAAGAAACUGUUUUCAAGUGGAGUGGUACAACGUAGUGAAAUGUUCAUCACAUCCAAACUAUGGACCAGUGACUGUGCACCCCAAGAUGUGUCUAAAGCGCUAAGUAAGACUCUGGAGGACCUCCAGCUAGAUUACAUUGAUCUAUAUCUUAUGCAUUGGCCUUUUAGGACAAAGGCAGGUUCAAGAGGAUGGGAUCCAGAGGUGAUGGCUCCAUUGUGUCUUGCAGAGACAUGGAAUGCAAUGGAAGGACUAUUCGUGUCGGGUCAGGCUCGCGCCAUUGGAGUGAGCAACUUCUCUACCCAGAAGCUGCAAGACAUGCUCAAGUAUGCUAAGAUCCCACCUGCAGUAAACCAAGUGGAAUGCCACCUAGUUUGGCAGCAAUCUUCUCUUCACAAUCUGUGCAUGUCUACUGGUGUUCAUCUCUCUGCAUACUGUCCAUUGGGUUCUCCAGGGUCGUGGGUGAGAGGUGAGGUUUUGAAGGAACCAGUGUUGCUUGAAAUUGCGGAAGAACUCAACAAGUCGCCAGCACAGGUUGCCCUGCGCUGGGGAAUCCAAAGUGGUCACAGUGUUCUUCCAAAGAGUGUGAAUGAAUCAAGAAUCAAGGAGAAUAUUAGCUUAUUUGAUUGGUCCAUCCCUCCACAUCUUUUCUCAAAAUUCUCUCACAUCCACCAGCAAAGGUUACUGCGAGGGGACUUCGCUGUUCAUGAAACUUGCAGUCCUUACAAGAGUCUCGAGGAAUUGUGGGAUGGAGAAAUAUGAAAUGUCAGCAGUUUGUUGAAGCUGGAGGAAGGAUAUACCUGAACAAGGGCAUCAGGACGAGACUCAAAGAUAACAAGCACGA